CAGCCGGCUUUUACCUUGCCGUACCAUCUCAUUGACUGUUGACAGAUAGGCUAGCUAUGGGCUUCGCUCCUGUCUGGUUUUGACCUGUUUUGUUUGCAACAGGGCAGGUAUAGUAGAAAUGGUCCGUGUGCUCACACAGCACCCCUCAGCUGUGUGUGUGGGGACGACACGACACAGCGCUCACCAUCCAUACCUCUGAGUGCAUGGAGGAAGUAAUAAUAUCCUCUGAUGCUAGCUAUUGGUAGCUGCUUUAUUGGGAUUUUCCUGCAGAGCCCGCUGUCAAAGAGGCAGACCAGUAUAGCAAAUUUCAUAGAUGUGUCAUGCAUGACUUCGAGGACCGCUUUGGGGACACUUUCGGAAGACCUUCGGAGGAUUGAGGAGGCGACCGACAGACCAAUCAGUGAUAACUGACUUUGCAUCCUCUUCUCGAAGUUGUGCGAGACAUGGCCAGUCCACAUCACAAUGAUCUGUCGUUUGCAUGGGAGAAGUAUAUGGACUGUAGACUACAAGGAGCAGAUCUACAGGUCAGCCUCCAGUGCCUUGAGAACUUCCUCUGCCUCUUCCACUGUGUGCGUAAAGUCCACCUCCAUGUUACCCAGGACCUGCUGACCUUCUGCCGCAGAAGGAAGAAGAAAAGUCAGUCGGUCGCCCCGCGAGGAGCUAUGCCGACACAGGCAGGCGAGCAGGGGUUUACCUUGGAUUCGCAGAGGCGAGAAGAUGGCCGAGAGACGGACGCUGAGGCCUCCGGUGCUGGCUCAGACAUGAGUGGCGCCAGCAACACGCUGGCCCGGGAGUUCCUGACAGAUGUGCACCAGCUGUGCAGCGCCGUGGCCCAGAGGGCGGAGUCCCGCGAGGAAGACGAGGAAGACGAGGAGGAGAGUCACAUGGUGGCGCUGGGGGAGUACCUGGUCAGGGGGCGGGGCUUCCUGCUCCUCAGCACGCUGGACUCCAUCAUUGACCAGGAGCUGACUUGUCGGGAGGAGCUCCUCACUCUGCUGCUCUCGCUGCUACCCCUGGUGUGGAAGAUCCCCGUGCAGGAGGACAAAGCCCCAGAUUUCAUCCUGCCGUCCCUGCUGGAGGUGUUCCUCAGCCGGGAGUCGAGGUUGCCCCCUCUCCGAGCCGGACAGAAGGCCCGCCCCGAUGCCCAGAGCAGCGGCAGGCGCUCGCACACGGGCAGCGCGUCGUGGAAGUCGCGUCGGUCCCGCCGCAUCGCCCAGAGGUACUCGGUGAAGGAGGCGCGGCCGUCCCAGCUCUCCACGUCCGAUUCGGACGCCAACGCCGACACCAAGGCGCCGGGGCCGGGCCAGGGCGGGACAAGGGGCAGGCGGACGCACGGCUCCGCCCAGCGCACGUCCGCUCACCACUCCCAAGCCCCUCCCAUCCCCGUGUCCGUCGCCACGACUACAGAGACCAUGACCGCAUCGUACCCCCACCCCUGGGGCCCGGGCUCCCAGUCCCUGGACGCCGAGACCCUGACCGACCCGGCCGCCAUGUCGAUAUUCAACCGCAUGGAGAACUCGCCCUUUGACCUCUGUCACGUGCUGCUCUCCCUGCUGGAGAAGGUGUGCAAGUUCGACAUGAGCAUCAACCACAACCCCGGCCUGGCGGUCAGCGUGGUGCCCACGCUGACCAAGUUCCUGACAGAGUUUGGGGACUGUUGUGGCCCCGGGGGUGGAGGUGGUGGAGGAGGAGGUGGUGGUGGUGGAGGAGCGGGGCCAGAGGAGCUGGCUGGGGGCUGGACGGAGGAGCCCGUCGCCCUGGUCCAGAGGAUGCUCCUACGCACCGUCCUGCACCUGAUGUCGGUGGACGUGGGUCAGAGCGAGGCCCUGCCCGACAGCCUGAGGCGCAGCCUGACCGACCUGCUGCGGGCCACCCUCAAGAUCCGCAGCUGCCUGGACCGCCAGGCGGACCCCUUCGCCCCCCGGCCCAAGAAGACCCUGCAGGAGGUCCAAGACGACUUCUCCUUCUCCCGCUACCGCCACCGGGCGCUGCUGCUGCCGGAGCUGCUGGAGGGCGUGCUGCAGGUGCUGCUGGGCUGCCUGCAGGCGUCCGCCUCCAACCCCUUCUUCUUCAGCCAGGCCCUGGAGCUCAUCCACGAGUUCAUCCAGCACCGCGGCCUGGAGCUGUUCGAGGUGACCGUGCUGUGGCUGGAGGGGCUGGCGCGCGCCGGGGACUCGGAGGUGGGCGGCGAGGCCGCCGAGAGGGUGCGGGGCCUCGUCGGCGGCGUCCUGAAGAUCAUCAGCGCCGUGAAGAAGGCCAAGUCGGAGCAGCUCCACCAGUCGGUGUGCGCGCGGCGCCGCCACCGCCGCUGCGAGUACUCCCACUUCCUGCACCACCACCGGGACCUCUCGGGCCUGCCGGUGUCGGCCUUCAAGCAGGCCGCCCGGCGCAACCCCUUCGAGGAGGAGGACGAGGGCUGCAGGGAGGGGCCGGAGGGCGCGGCGGUGCGCUACCCCGAGCGCUGCUGCUGCCUCGCCGCCUGCGCCCACCAGUGCCUGCGCCUGCUGCAGCGGCUGUCCCCCAACGGGCCCGCCGUGCUGCAGCUCCUCGCCGGGGUGCAGGCCGUGGGGAUCUGCUGCUGCAUGGACCCCCGCUCGGUCGUCGGGCCCCUGCUGCACGCCUUCCAGGCGCCGGGGCUGCGCACCUACCAGUCCCACGUGCUGAACGUCCUGGGCCGGCUGAUCCUGGACCAGCUGGGCGGCGGGCAGCCCUCGGAGAAGGCCAAGCUGGCCUCCUGCAACAUCUGCACCCUGGACAGCAGCCAGCUGCCCGGCCUGGAGGAGGCGCUGCAGCAGGGCGAGCCCUUCGCCGCCUCGCUCGGCCCGGGCCACCGCUCGCAGGGCAUCCUGCCCAGCGGCGGGGACGCCGAGGACAUGCUGUGGAAGUGGGGCGCCCUGGAGGCCUACCAGGCGCUGGUGUUCGGCGAGGACCGGGGGCUGAGCCAGCAGGUCGCGGGCCACGUGUGCCAGCUCACGCUGCGGGGCAACGCGGCGGUGCAGUGGCAGCUGUACACGCACAUCUUCAACCCCGUGAUGCAGCGGGGGGUGGAGCUGGUGCACCACGCCCAGCAGCUGGGCGUGUCCGCCGUGUGCGCGCAGGUGUGCAGCUACCACUCCCAGUGCCUGCCCGUGGAGGUGCUGCUCGUCUACCUGCAGACGCUGCCGGCGCUGCUCAAGUCAAGGGUGAUCCGGGACCUCUUCAUCAGCUGCAACGGCCUCAGCCAGAUCACGGAGCUCAUCCACCUGGACCAGACGCGCUCCUGGGCGCUGAAGGUGUUCGAGACGCUGAUCCUGGGGGUCGGGGGCCAGCCCGCCGACGGGGCGCUGCAGGAGCUGGAGAGCGAUGCCGGCGCCCAGGAGAGGGACUCUGUCCUGGGCCCCGCGGAGGACCCGGGGUCCCAGGGCGGGGGCACCGGCGAGGGCCCCCAGAGCCUCAGCAAGUUCUACGAGGGCCUGAAGGAGGCGUGCCCCCGGCGGCGGAACCGCGGGGGACCCGGGCCCGGGCGCGGCCUGGCGGAGACCCACCUCAACACCAUCAACCUGUUCCUGUGCGUGGCGUUCCUCUGCGUCAGCAAGGAGGCGGACUCGGACCGCGACUCGGCCAACGACUCGGAGGACACGUCGGGCUACGACAGCACGGCCAGCGAGCCGCUGGGGGGCCGGCUGCCCUGCCUGUCCCCCGACAGCGUGGCCCUGCCCUCCAAGGAGCAGGUGCGGCAGGCGGCCGACGUGUGGUCGGUGUGCCGCCGGAUCUACCUGGCCAGCCCCGCCUUCCAGCGGCAGUUCUUCCGGCUGGGGGGCCUGGAGGUGUGCUCCCGCCUCAUGGCCCUGGUCAUCCAGAAGCUCACCUGCAAGAGCAAGGACGGCCGGGGCAAGAAGAAGAGGGAGGGCAAGGGCAAGGCCAGCCCGCCGCACCAGGGGUCCCCGGCGCUGUCGGUGACGGGCCCCGCCGCCGCCACCGCCGCGCCGGACCCGGGGGAGACGGCGGCGGCUCCGGACGGGACCAGGGACCCGGCCAGGAAGCUGGAGGAGGAGUGGCCCCUACAGAGCAUCCGUCUGCUGGAGGCCCUGCUGGCCAUCUGUCUGCACAGCUCCAGCCCAGCGCUGCAGAGGACGGAGCCCGAGAUGUCCUUCCAGCUCCAGUCGGUGGAAGAGACGCUGUGCGAGGUGAGGGACCAGCUCUCGCGCUCCGGCGUGGUGAACUCCGACCUGGCCGUGCCCCUGUUCGACUCCCUGCUGCGCGUGGCGCUGGCCCGGGUGUCCUCCUGCCCCGACGGCCCCGAGGAGAAACCAGACAGGAAGCUGCAGGUGCCGGUGGAGAGUGUGGCCCCAGCGGGGGACCUGUGUGAGGAGGUAGAGGAGGCGCAGGGCUGCCACGGCGGCAAGGCGGCGGGGGAGGAAGAGGAGGGCUACGACGCCGACAGCGAGAGUAACCCUGACGACAUGGCCAAACAGGAAGAAGGAGCAGAGGCGGAGUCGGCGGCGGUGCGCGAGGGGGCUCUCCGCGGGCUGGCGGAGGCCCCGGGGCCCGGGCUGGGCCAGGGCGCGCUGCUGUUCCCUGAGAUCUGCAGCAUGGAGCUGCAGCUGCUGGCGGGGGGGGCCCCGGACCUGGAGGUCCUGGGACACGUGUUCCACAGCCUGCUGGACACCGUGCACGCCAACCGCCACAAUGCCACCUUGCUCUACGACCAGAAGGGAGUCAAGACCAUUCUGUCUGGCUUCCACAAGGUCCUCACCCAAACGGAUCCCUCCUUCAAAGAUUGCCAGGUUGUGCUGGUGGAGCUGUUGGUUGCCAUGGUGAGCCAGCGCAUUACAGCCGACGAGCUGGCCCUGCUCAUACGCCUCUUCCUGGAGAAGACCGCUCCCAUUGACAUCUUACUGAAUGGAAUCCUGCAGAUCGUGGAGGCCAACAUGGACCUGGAGCCCCUUCAUUUCCUCUCCUUCCCCAUCGUCCUGGGGGCCCCUACCACCGCGGGGGCCUCCCCGGGCCCCCGGCAGAACGGCAGCGCUGGCGGGGGGGGGGGCAAGGGCGUGGGGCUGCUCUGGAAGGGCAAGCUGUCUCCCCGCAGAGACGGCGACGCCGAUCCCAGGACCGGCCACGUGCGGUCCUCCCCCUGGCACGCCGCCCCCCUCCACCUGCCCCUGGUGGGGCAGAACUGCUGGCCCCACAUGGCCAGUGGCUUCAGCGCCUCCAUGUGGCUGAGGCUGACGGAGGCGGAGGCGGAGGAGAAGGGCAAAGCUGAGGCGGGGAAGGCCCCGGCGCCCGAGGCCCACCGCGGCAACCCUCCGGCGGGCCAGAGAGCGCUUGACGAGGGUCUGGUCCACGUUCUGUCCAUGGGCUCCAAGGCCCUGAUGCUUCAGGUGUGGGCCGACUUCUGCACGGGGUCGCUGACGUUCAGGAUCUGCAUCGACCCCAACGACGAGAUCAAGGCCGGGCUGUUGGCCCAGGCGGAGUCGGGGCCGGGCCUGUUGGUCCCGGGCCGCUGGCAGCACCUGGGUCUGACGUACAGCCAGCAGCCGGAGGGCAAGAAGAGCAUCCAGGGCCGCAUGGUGGUCUGGGUGUGUGGGAUCCGGAAGUCGGACGUGUCCCUGGACUACACGCUCCCCAGGAAGUCCAGCCUGUCCUCAGACAGCAACAAGACCUUCUGCAUGCUGGGCCACAGCCUGCUGUCCUCGGAGGAGCCGCUCCGGCCGGGGGUCCGCUGGAACCUGGGCACCGUGCUGCUCUUCAACGGUUCGAGGAUCGGCUCUGAAGAGGCCUUCUACCUGUACGCUAGCGGGCCUGACCUCACCUCCAUCAUGCCCUGCAAGUACGGCAAGCCCAGCAGGACAUUCUCCAAGUACGUGACUCAGGAGGGCCUGAAGUGCGACCACGUCCGAGAGCUGCUGAUGAAGAGCAAGGACGUGGACACCUCGGCACUCGUCGAGAGCCUGGCGGUGGUUUACACCCCCAGCAGUCCCCGGGUGUACACCAUCUACGAGCCGGUGAUCAGGCUGAAGGGCCAGGCCAAGACGGUCGUCACCCAGCGGCCGUUCAGCUCCAAGGAGGUGCAGAGCUCCACGCUGGAGGCCCCGGCGCUGCAAGCCCUGCUGCCCAUCGAGCCCCAGGGCCUGCAGAACGUACUGCACAAGAUCGGAGGCACGGCUACCUUCGUCUUCCUCUUCGCCCAGUCCGUAGAGCUGAGUGACUGCGAGCAGACCCAGGCCCUGGCGUUGCAGGUGCUGCUCUCGCUGGCCAAGUACAACCAGCACCGCAUCCACGAGAUGGACUGUUGCCACGGAUACUCCAUGAUCCACCAGGUCCUCAUUAAAGCCAAGUGCAUCGUGGGAUACCACAUGUUGAAAACCCUGCUGGAUGGCUGCUGCAGUGGGCCCGUCCUCACCCUGGGGGAGGACGGGCAGUUCCGCCUGGACCUCGAGUCCGCCGCCGUGGUGCAGGACAUUCAGCUGCUCUCGGAGGUCCUGCUGGACUGGAAGAUCUGGGCCAAGGCGGAGGCGGGCGUGUGGGAGACCCUGCUAGCCGCCCUGGAGAUCCUGAUCCGGGUGCACCACCCGCAGCAGGUCUUCAACAUCCGACAGUUCCUCAAGGCGCAGGUGGUGCACCGCUUCCUGCUCACCUGCCAGGUCCUACAGGAGAACCGGGACCAGUACCUCACCGCCAUCCCCCAGGAGGUGUGCCUCUCCUUCGUCAAGAUCAUCCAGGAGGUGCUGGGCUCCCCCCCCGACCUGGACCUGCUCAAGCUGGUCUACAACUUCCUGCUGGCCGUGCACCCGCCCACCAACACCUACGUGUGCCACACCCCCACCAGCUUCUACUUCUCCCUGCACAUCGACGGUAAGCUGUACCGGGAGAAGGUGCAGUCCAUCAUGUACCUGAGACACUCCCACAGCGGGGGGAAGUCGGCCAGCAGCUCUGUCUUCUCCCUCUCCCCCACCGUGUUCCCGGACCUCCACCCAGAAGGCCAGCCGGCGGCCUCUUCCUCCGAGCCCUCCACAGACGACCACUUCCUGCGGCCCCCCAGUCUGACGCCGUCCCCGCACCCCUCCCCGGCCGCCAGUCGCCGGCGAGCCCCUAGCCCCGCCCCCCCCCCUGGAGAGGUUGGCGGCGAGGCCCCGCCCCCACAGGGGGCUCUGGGCAGCACGGAGACCCUGACGAGGGGCGGCGGCGGCGGCGGCGGCGGAGACGAGGCGCUCCUCAGCAGCUGCGACUCGGCCAAGACCAUCUGCGAGUCGCGGGAGUCCGGGGGGGACGGGCGGGUGCCCUCCCCCCGCCCGCCCUCCAUCAGCGUGGAGGACCCCGACGAGGAGCUGGAGUCCCUGGCGGAGGGCAGCGUGGGCGGCGCCGAGUCGGAGGACCGCUUCGACUCGCCGGGGGGCGAGGAGGCGCCGCGGCGGCCCGACAGCCUGAAGGGCAUCCAGUCCUUCCAGCGGAGCCACAGCAACCUGGCCAGCCUGGGCCUGGCCUUCCCCGCCGCCGCCGCCGCCGUCAACGGCUCGCUGGCCGUGGGCCGCUGGCCCGCCGCCGCCGCCGUCGGGGCGGCCGCCGAGCGCGGCUCGCUGCCCGAGGACUGGGAGAGCUACACCUACUCCCCCGGGUACGAGAGGAUGCACAGCAAGUCGGAGGAGGACGACAGGUCCACCACGGAGGACUGCCUGGUGCUGAUCUGCUGCGGGCUGUACGACCUCCUGCGGGGGCUGCUCCUGCUGCUGCCCGACCUCAUGCUGGAGGAGGUGAUGGACAAGCUGAUCCAGCCCGAGGCGCUCAUCGUGCUGGUCAACCACCCCUCUCCCCUCAUCCAGCAGGGGGUCAUGAAGCUGCUGGACGCGUACUUCACCAGAGCCUCCAAGGAGCAGAAGGAGAAGUUCCUGAAGAACCACGGCUUCUCCCUGCUGGCCAACCAGCUGUACCUGCACCAGGGCAGCCAGGGCCUGCUGGAGUGCUUCCUGGAGAUGCUGUUCGGCCGGCCCGUGAGCCUGGAGGAGGGCCUGGACCUGGAGGACAUGGAGGGCAUCUCCCCCUUCAGGAAGCGCUGCAUCAUCCCCAUGCUGGGGCUGAUCGAGAACUCCCUGUACGAGAACGCCCUGCUGCACAACCUGCUGUGCAUGCUGCUGCAGCUGCUCAACGCCUGCCCCAAGCUGGCCGACAUCCUGCUGGACCACGGCCUCCUCUACGUGCUCUUCAACACGCUGUCCACCCUCAACGGCAUGGAGAGCGGGAUCCCCCUCAACGACUACAAGCUGCUGGUGUGUGACAUCCAGCAGCUUCUGGUGGCCGUCACCAUCCACUCCUGCAGCUCCUCCGGCUCCCAGUACUUCCGCAUCAUCGAGGACCUCAUCAGCCUGCUGGGCUUCAUGCAGACCAGCAAGAUGCGCCGCACGCAGGAGAUGGCCGUGGCCCUCCAGUUCCGGGUGCUGCAGUCGGCGAUAGAGUUCAUCCGGACCACCGCCAACCAGGACCCCCAGAAGCUGAGCAGCUCCAUGAACCUGCCCAGCUCCCCGCACCAGGCCAUCCACCCCAAGCGCAAGAGCAUCAGUGGUUCGAUGGCCAUGAGAGACUCCAUAAUCCCCCGCCCCCCCCGGCAGCACUACUGCUCCUACGGCCAGAUCCCCCUGUCCCCCCCCUUCAGCUUCCUGGCCCAGGAGUCACCCCUUUCCUCCUCCCCCACCACCACCUCGUCCUUCAUUUUCCAUCCUCCUGACUCAGGCGGCCCAGGCCGGCGCCGCUUCUCCAUGGUGCAGCCGGACCUGCUGCUGAUCCGGAUGCGCUCGGUGGCGAGCGACGAGCUCAGCCAGAUGAUGCACCGGCGCAUGAGCCAGGAGAACCCGAUCCGCGCCAGCGAGACGGAGUUCGUCCAGCGGCUCCAGAGGCUAGUGGUGCUGGCCGUCAACCGGCUCAUCUACCACGACAUGAGCCAGGACUUCUACCAGCUGCUGAACUUCCCCGAGACCCCGGACCACCUGCUGUCCACGCCCGACCCGGCCGACCCCGGGCACGACGAAGGCUGCUCCUCGUCUUCCUCUGUGCCGGCCUCCCCCGUCCCCUUCCCCCUUCCGCCCGCCAGCAAGAAGAGCUUCCAGAGAGACAUCCUGCGGCUGAUGAUGGAGGGGAUCAAACUCAGCCUGGGCAGUACGGGCCGCGGCGGGGCCCCCCACCAGCAGUGGCGCCGCAUCCUGUGGUCCAGCCGGGACACGUUCCGGGUCCAGAUCGGCCGCCUGCUGGUGCACACCCUCAGCCCCGCCCAGCCCCUCGCCGACCGCAAGGAGGCGCUGGACUUUGUGUUCGACCCACGGCACGGGGACAUCCUGAGGGAGAGCCUCAGCCCGGGCCUGGAGCACGGGCCCAAGCUGGCUCUCUCGCUCCACGAGCUGCUCCACGACCACAAGGAAGGCCUGAGCCGCGAGGAGCAGAACGCGGCCGCCGCGUUCAUGACCUCCCUGAAGCUGUGCGGCCACCGCUGCAUCCCGCCCAGCGCGCCCCACAAACCAGACAUCCUCAAGGCCAUCAAGGAGGAGAAGUUGAAAUACGAGGCGGACGAGAAAACCAGCAGACUGGCGUGGGAGAAGAAAAUGACCAACACUCAGAAAAGUCUCAUCCAGAGGCUGGACGGCAAGUCCCGCGACAUCUCCAAGAUCGCGGCGGACAUCACCCAGAGCGUGUCGCUGCGGCAGGGCAUGGAGAGGAAGAAGGUGAUCCUGCACAUCCGCAGCCUCUACAAGACCAACCUCAGCGCCAGCCGGCGGUGGCAGGAGCUGGUGCAGCAGCACACGCACGACCGGGCGGUGUGGUACGACCCGGCGUCCUACCCCACCUCCUGGCAGCUGGACCCCACCGAGGGCCCCAACCGCGAGCGGCGCCGGCUGCAGCGCUGCUACCUCACCAUCCCCAACAAGUACCUGCUGAAGGACCGGCGCAAGGCCGAGGACGCGGCCAAGCAGCCGCUGUCUUUCCUGUUUGAGGACAACACCCACUCGUCCUUCUCGUCCACCGUGAAGGACAAGGCCACCAGCGAACCCAUCAGGUUCACCAGGAGGUGCAUCAGCGUCGCUCCCUCCGUCGAGACGGCAGGCGAGCUGCUCCUGGGGAAGUCAGGGAUGUACUUUGUGGAGGACAACGCCACGGAUGCACACGACAGCCAGAGCCCUCAUUCUGAGCUGGAGGCCGCCUCCUUCUCCUGGACCUACGAGGAGAUCAAGGAGGUGCACAAGCGCUGGUGGCAGCUCCGGGACAACGCCGUGGAGAUCUUCCUCACCAACGGGCGCACCCUGCUGCUGGCCUUUGACACCACAAAGUUCCGCGACGACGUGUACCACAACAUCCUGACCUCUGACCUCCCCAACCUGCUGGAGCACGGCAACAUCAGCGCGCUGACCCAGCUGUGGGGCUCGGGGCAGAUCUCCAACUUCGAGUACCUGACGCACCUCAACAAGCAUGCCGGGCGCUCCUUCAACGACCUCAUGCAGUACCCCGUGUUCCCCUUCAUCCUGCGCGACUACAUCAGCGAGACCCUGGACCUGCAGGAGCCCGGCAUCUACAGAAACCUCAACAAACCCAUCGCCGUGCAGUCCAAGGAGAAAGAGGACCGAUACGUUGACAACUACAAGUACCUGGAGGAGGAGUACAAGAAGGGGAUCCGUGAGGACGACCCCAUGCCCCCGGUCCAGCCCUACCACUACGGCUCCCACUACUCCAACAGCGGCACCGUGCUCCACUUCAUGGUGCGCAUGCCCCCCUUCACCAAGAUGUUCCUGGCCUACCAGGACCAGAGCUUUGAUAUCCCCGACCGCACCUUCCACUCCAUGAACACCACCUGGCGCCUGUCCUCCUUCGAGUCCAUGACCGACGUCAAGGAGCUCAUCCCCGAGUUCUUCUACCUGCCCGAGUUCCUGGUCAACCGAGAAGGGUUCGACUUCGGCGUGCGUCAGAACAGCGAGCGCGUGAACCACGUGAACCUGCCGCCCUGGGCGCGCAGCGACCCGCGGCUCUUCGUGCUGAUCCACCGCCAGGCGCUGGAGUCGGACCAGGUGUCCCACACGCUGUGCCAGUGGAUCAACCUGGUGUUCGGCCUCAAGCAGAAGGGCCGCGCCGCCGUGCACGCCAUCAACGUCUUCCACCCCGCCACCUACUUCGGGAUGGACGUGUCUGCGGUGGAGGACCCGGUGCAGCGGCGGGCCCUGGAGACCAUGAUCAAGACGUACGGCCAGACCCCCCGGCAGCUGUUCAGUGGGACCCACGUGGGCCGGGCGGGGGGGCCCCGGCUCCUGAUGGACGGCGAGCUGCCCAACGCCGUGGGGCUGUUGGUGCAGCUCGCCUUCAGGGAGAACCGCGAGCAGGCCAAGGAGAUCGUCUACCCGAGCCCCCUCCCCUGGAUCAAGGGGCUGAAGUGGGGGGAGUACGUGGGGUCCCCCAGCGCCCCGGACCCGGUGGUGUGCUUCUGCCAGCCCCACGGCGAGAGGUUCGGCUCCCUGCUGGCGCUCCCCACGCGGGCCAUCUGCGGCCUGUCGCGCAAGUUCUGCCUCAUGAUGAUCUACAGCAAGGAGCAAGGCGUGAGGAGCAUGCACAGUACGGACAUCCAGUGGUCGGCCAUCCUGAGCUGGGGCUAUGCUGACAACAUGCUGCGACUGAAGAGCAAGCAGAGCGAGCCGCCCAUCAACUUCAUCCAGAGCUCCCAGCUGCACCAGGUGACGAGCUGUGCCUGGGUGCCGGACGGCUGUCAGCUCUUCACAGGUAGCAAGUGUGGAGUCAUCACCGCCUACAGCAACCGCUUCACCAGCACAACGCCGUCGGAGAUGGAGGUGGAGAGCCAGGUGCACCUGUACGGCCACACGGGCGAGGUGACGGGCCUGUUCGUCUGCAAACCCUACAGCAUCCUCAUCAGCGUCUCCCAGGACGGCACCUGCAUCCUCUGGGACCUCAACAGGCUAUGCUACGUCCAGAGCCUCACGGGCCACAAGAGUCCAGUGACGGCCGUGUCCGGCAGCGAAACCACCGGGGACAUCGCCACGGUCUGCGACUCGGUGGGCGGUGGCAGCGACCUGCGCCUGUGGACGGUGAACGGCGACCUGAUUGGCCACGUCCACUGCCGGGAGAUCAUCCGCUCCGUGGCGUUCUCCAACCAGCCCGAGGGCGUGUCCGUCAACGUCAUCGCCGGCGGCCUGGAGAACGGCGUCGUCAGGUUGUGGAGCACGUGGGAUCUGAAGCCGGUGCGAGAGAUCACCUUCCCCAAGUCCAGCAAACCCAUCAUCAGCCUGACGUACUCCUGCGACGGCCACCACCUGUACACGGCCAACAGCGAGGGCACGGUGAUGGCCUGGUGCCGGCGGGACCAGCAGCGCAUGAAGCUGCCCAUGUUCUACUCCUUCCUCAGCAGCUACGCCGCGGGCUGAGCUCCCCUUGUCACCGCUGCAACGCUCCACCACCACCACCACCACCACCACCACUACGACUACUGCUCCUGCUGCAGCAGCUGUCCCAUGCACGCCGCCCUGGCCCCGCCCCCUGUCACCCUCCCCCCCUCUGCAUGGCCCCGCCCUCCCCCCCCCCUUUCGCGUUCCGUCAGUCCCCCUCCUCUUCCUCGUCUCGGGGAGAGGGUGUAUGCGGUACGGGGCGCGGACUCCCGAUCGAAGCUGAAGCCAUCGCUGGUCCGACACUAACUCUGUUCCAGAGCUGUGGCCGGCAGAGGGCCCUGAUGGCGGUAGUAUUACACAUGUAGAUAUAAUUUAUAGAGCGCCAGGAACGAGGGGUGGAGUGAGGCUUCGGUCCAGGGCAGCGGCCGAUCACCCGAACCUCCACCGGCGUCGCCGACCUGAUAUGUCCGUCUCAGUGUGGCGUUUUGAGUCGCACUGAGGCGGCCACUUUCGGUCUCUCCGAGCGAUGGCGUUGACUGUCGCCCGUCUCGAGGAAGCUGCUACUGGGAGGGUCAGAUGGUGCCGUAGUCUGGGUGCUCUCCCCUUCCCCCCCCCCCCCCCACCCCCGCCCCACACUCAUACAGCCGCCACCUGGCCAUCGUGGGGUCGCUGGCCUGUGUUGUGGCACUGGGACCAGUCUUGGGUGAAUCGAGGCUGCGGCGGAGAGACUGUGGAUCGAGGCAAGCCCUGACUGGAGGGGGCUGCCCUGGAAGGAGUGGGACGGUGGCCUUCUCAAGGCCGAUCACUAUAGCUUUAUAUAUAUAUAUAUAUAUCUUUGUAUCUGUGUACAUAGAUGGAGAUAUGUAUAUGUGUGUAUGUAUACACACCAGCCAGGGGCAGGAAGAUAUGCGUUUUGUUUGCGUUGUUCCUUGUGUUUUUUCGGACUGUUUCGCAUGUUGGAAUGUUGAUGACGAUGAUGAUGUUGAUGAUGGUAUGUGUGUGUGUGUGUGUGUGUGUGUGUGUGUGUGUGUGUGUGUGUGUGUGUGUGUGUGUGUGUGUGUGUGUGUGUGUGUGUGUGUGUGUGUGUGUGUGUGUGUCUAUUUAUGUGGUUGAGGUUUGCGGGCAUGUGUGAGCACACUAUGUGUGUGUGUGUGUGUGUGUGCGUGUGUAUGCGCGCUUGCGUGUGCAUGCACACCUUCAAACGGGGGGCGCUUUCUCCUUCUGCAUUCCCGCGUCAGGCCUGCCUUGCUCAACCCUGACUCUUAUUGUCAUACCUCCUGGUCCUCGUCCUGCUUCGGGCCGACGUAGCGCCUGUGAUUUGAUUCAUUGUCUCCGUGGCCAACGAGGAAGGCCUUUCCAGGGACCCGCCUCUCGCCUCCUGUCCCUCACCGGAUCGCACGCCUCGGAGCGGGCUGAAGAAGAGCCGGCGAACGCGAGGAAGACGAUGCACUCGCGGUGUGGUCACAAGUGUAUGUGUGUGUGUGUAUGUGCACCUGAACAGCGUAACACCAGGUUCAUUAAAGGGGUGUGGUGAAGGCCUUCUCAAGGGGGGAGGGGGGUUUGGGUUUGAGCUGAGAGAUGAGUAACUGGCUCUAUUGAACGAGCCAAUGGGAGAUCACAGCUAACCAGGCUGACCCCCCCCCGCGCGCUGCGCUGUUCAGCUUACUAUGUCUUCUUCAUUUUUUUUAUUACAACGUGUUACAACUGCUCUCCAGUCGAGGCGGUGGAGGAAUUGGAGCGCUGUCUUAUCCGCGGAGUUGAAGCACAGUCAAACAUCUCUACAUUCCCCGGUGUCAUUCCAUCUCUGCACUUUGACUAUUUGUUUCGUGGUUCUCUUGUUUUUCGUGUGUGAAAUGGACGAUUUUGAAGCACUUUUAACCGGACCGGGCCGCGGUCUGCUACUGACCGGCGAUGUGGUGGGUACGUGAAGAACGGGAUGGUAUUUCAACGAUACGGUCCGAGCAGAAAUGUGAUACAGCGGACCGAUGGAAGACCGCGAUGAAGUUUGUUAUAACGUGCAACGGAAAAAGUUACCGAUAAUAAUUAACUUGAUUAUUUCUGGAACUGUAUCCAUAAUUCCACCGUUUUCAUCAGGACGAGUAUUUAAGUGUUUUGCCUUUUUGUGUUCAACCGAUGAAAGAAUUUUGUAUUGUGUUGCAAUUCUAACUAUGAAUCAAAUGAGUUACGAGAAAGGGAAAGUUCCUUAGCAUUCCAUGGUGUUGUCAUGCCUUUUCUCCCUGUCUGUGUCGUCUUAACCUUUAUCCCUGAAGAACCAGGCUGAACUCUUGUUACCUGCUCGCAGAGCCCAGGAUCACAGGAGGCCAUUUUGAUGUUCCUUCUUUGUACGAUGGCUCUACAGAAGUUUACAAUGGCUUCACGCUGUCAUGAUCUAGAUUUCGCCUGCUGACACCCUUUCUACGACUGGCGGCUCUUGUGAACUAUUGCACGUAUGAGGUUGUUACGAAUGUUGUGUUGAGAAAAUGGAGGGCAAAAAAUAUACAAUGAGAAGUGGAAAACUGAAUAAGUCUGUUUUGUGUUUUGGAUCGUUUUGUGUUUGGUUGCAGAAGAUCUUAUAAGAGCGCCUGGCUCCUCCAAUACCCAGGUUGGAUCUAAAAUGGCCUGUUUCCAAAUUAGCAUCAACAUUAAAAAUCUGUUCUGAA